AUGGCCUCCACCCACGGAGACGAUUCCUCCACUCCGCCCGCAUGGGCGUUCCCUUCCUUCGCCUCUUCCCUCUCUUUUUCUCCUCCUCUUCUUCCCUUCUCCCCUUGGUCGCCAGCUUUGCCCUUUGAUAUGAAUGACGAUCCCGGUGUCGAGUUUGUGGCCGCACGGCCACGAAAGCGAUCCCGACGAGCCAUGCCUCCAGAAUCCUCUCAGUCAAGCCGUUACCAAGGUCCUCAUCCCAACGGCGAACCCUCGUCUUCACGACACCCGCAGCCUCGCGAAUCAUCCUUGUCCUUGCCACCCAUCCGAUACCCCGGCGAUGGCUACGAUUACCGCAGACCUCUCAUGUCCUCUCCUCCCCAAGAAAACGAGAUCAUUGAUCUGACAAACGACCCCGAUUCUCCUCCUUCUACGUCGGGUCAUUCCUCCCGUCAGCAACGCCGGAGACCGCCUCGAUUUGCAAGGGACAUCUUGACGGAGGUAGUAGACUUAGAGGACGAGGGGGAAUCGCAGCAAAUACCCCCUUCCAGAGAUGCGCCCAGUAGCCCUGAAGUGCAAUUUGUCGGCUCUGCCGUUCGAACAGAACCGUUGCCACCGCCGCCGCGUCGAGGCUUUAUGGGUCCGAUGCUACAGAUGCUACGUUACUUCCCCCGACAUGCGGCUCAAGGGGGAAGUAUAACACAAGGGUAUCGGUGGCGAGGUCCUCGAGCAGAAGAUAUCGAAUCGUUCUGGAUCGGCGAUGUGGGCGAUGGUGCCGUCGACCUCACCAUCGACCUGGGAGGUAUGGAUGGACGCCUGGGCAUGGACUUUCAAACACCUGGCGUUACACCGGAUCGAGGAAGAAGCACGUAUAAACCCCCUAGUCCGCCUCCUGAGGGGUUUACAAGGAGCGUCGGGGAAGAGGAUAUCGUGUGCUGUCCGAACUGCGAUGCAGAGCUGGGUACCGGCGACGAAGUCAAGCAGCAGAUCUGGGUCGCCAAGCAGUGCGGACAUGUUAGUACUCCUAUUGCUUAUGUUUGA